CCCGCCCGCCCGCCCGCCCGCCAGCCUGCGGACCAAGUUCCUGGGCAGCGGGGGCUGCAGCUCGCGGGGCUCCGACCGGGUCGUGGCCGCCUGCGUGCCAGCCAUGGAGGCCGCCCACCUGCAGCCUGCCGCCGCCGUGCUGCGGCGCUUCUCGGUGCGGGAGAGCUGCGGGCUGAGCCCGGAGCAGGUCCGCUGCAGCCGCCAGAAGUACGGCCUCAACGAACUUCCAGCAGAGGAAGGGAAGUCCCUUUGGGAGCUGGUGUUGGAGCAGUUUGAGGAUCUCCUGGUGCGCAUUUUACUUCUGGCCGCCUUUGUGUCCUUUAUCCUGGCCUGGUUUGAGGAGGGCGAGGAGACCGUGACGGCCUUCGUGGAGCCCAUGGUGAUCGUGCUCAUCCUCGCCGCCAAUGCCGUGGUGGGAGUGUGGCAGGAGAGGAACGCAGAGAGCGCCAUCGAGGCCUUGAAGGAAUACGAGCCUGAGAUGGGCAAAGUGAUCCGCAUGGACCGCAAGGGCGUGCAGAGGGUCCGGGCGCGGGACAUCGUCCCCGGGGACAUCGUCGAAGUGGCAGUUGGUGACAAGGUGCCGGCCGACAUCCGCCUUGUCGAGAUCAAGUCCACCACCCUGAGAGUCGACCAGUCCAUCCUGACGGGUGAAUCGCUGUCUGUGCUCAAACACACCGACCCCGUCCCCGACCCCCGGGCCGUGAACCAGGACAAGAAGAACAUGCUCUUCUCGGGCACCAACGUGGCUUCGGGCAGGGCCGUGGGGGUGGUCGUCGCCACCGGAGUCCACACCGAGAUCGGGAAGAUCCGCAACCAGAUGGCGGCCACAGAGCCGGACAAGACGCCGCUGCAGCAGAAGCUGGACGAGUUCGGCCAGCAGCUGUCCAAGGUCAUCUCGGUCAUCUGCGUGGCCGUGUGGGCCAUCAACGUCGGCCACUUCGGCGACCCGGUCCACGGCGGCUCGUGGCUGCGGGGCGCCGUCUACUACUUCAAGAUCGCCGUCGCCUUGGCCGUGGCGGCCAUCCCCGAGGGGCUGCCCGCCGUCAUCACCACCUGCCUGGCGCUGGGCACCCGCAGGAUGGCCACCAAGAAUGCCAUCGUCCGCAGCCUGCCCUCCGUGGAGACGCUGGGCUGCACCUCGGUCAUCUGCUCCGACAAGACCGGGACGCUCACCACCAACCAGAUGUCCGUGUGCCGGAUGUUUAUCAUUGGCCAGCCGGACGGAGGGGACUGCAGCCUCCAUGAAUUCAGCGUCACGGGCUCCACCUAUGAACCUGAAGGCCAAGUGCUCCGGGACGGGCAGCCGGUGCGCAGCAGCCAGUACGACGGGCUGGUGGAGCUGGCCACCAUCUGCGCCUUCUGCAACGACUCGUCGCUGGACUACAGCGAGGCCAAGAAGGUCUACGAGAAGGUCGGGGAAGCCACAGAGACGGCGCUCACGUGCCUGGUGGAGAAGAUGAACGUCUUCGACACAGACCUGAGCCGACUGUCCAGGGUGGAGCGGGCCGGAGCCUGCAACGGGGUCAUCAGGCAGCUGAUGAGGAAGGAGUGCACCUUGGAGUUCUCCCGGGACCGCAAGUCCAUGUCCGUGUUCUGCACCCCCGUCGGCCCGAGCCAGCCCACUGCGGGCAGCAAGUUGUUUGUGAAGGGAGCCCCGGAAAGCGUGAUCGAGCGUUGCCGCUACAUGCGGAUUGGCAGCCGCACGGCGCCCCUCACCCCCGCUGCCCGGGAGAAGAUCCUGGCUCGGAUCCGGGACUGGGGUGCGGGCAUCGACACCCUGCGCUGCCUGGCCCUGGCCACCCGAGACUCCCCCCGCAAGGUGGAGGACAUGCAACUGGACGAUGCCACCGAGUUCAUCAACUAUGAGGUGGACCUGACCUUCGUGGGCUGUGUGGGGAUGCUGGACCCUCCCCGGAAGGAGGUUGCUUCGUCCAUCGAGAUGUGCCGCAAGGCUGGCAUCCGCGUGAUCAUGAUCACGGGGGACAACAAGGGCACGGCCGUGGCCAUCUGCCGGCGCAUCGGCAUCUUCUCUGAGACUGAGGACGUGUCCAGCAAAGCCUACACAGGCCGCGAGUUCGACGACAUGACUCCCGAGCAGCAGCGCGACGCCUGCCGGACGGCCCGCUGCUUCGCUCGUGUGGAGCCUUCCCACAAGUCCAAGAUCGUGGAGUACCUGCAGUCCUUCCACGAGAUCACAGCCAUGACUGGAGAUGGCGUGAAUGAUGCCCCUGCCCUUAAGAAGGCCGAGAUUGGCAUUGCCAUGGGCUCAGGGACGGCCGUGGCCAAGUCAGCAGCGGAGAUGGUGCUGUCGGACGACAACUUCUCCACCAUUGUGGCGGCCGUGGAGGAGGGCCGGGCCAUCUACAACAACAUGAAGCAGUUCAUCCGCUAUCUCAUCUCCUCCAACGUGGGAGAGGUCGUGUGCAUCUUCCUGACAGCCAUCCUGGGCCUUCCGGAGGCUCUCAUCCCUGUUCAGCUGCUCUGGGUGAACUUGGUGACUGACGGACUGCCGGCCACGGCCCUUGGCUUCAACCCCCCUGACCUGGACAUCAUGGAGAAGCUACCCCGGAACCCCCAGGAGCCCCUCAUCAGCGGCUGGCUCUUCUUCCGCUACCUGGCCAUCGGAGUAUACGUGGGCCUGGCCACCGUGGGCGCAGCCACGUGGUGGUUUCUCUAUGACGCUGGAGGACCUCAACUCACCUUCCACCAACUGAGGAACUUCAUGAGGUGCUCGGAGGGGAACCCCAUCUUCGAAGGCGUCGACUGUGGGGUCUUCGAGUCUCGGUACCCCACCACGAUGGCCCUGUCGGUGCUGGUGACCAUCGAGAUGUGCAACGCGCUCAACAGCGUAUCAGAAAACCAGUCUCUGCUGCGGAUGCCCCCCUGGCUGAACCUCUGGCUUCUGGGCGCCAUCGCCAUGUCCAUGGCCCUCCACUUCCUGGUCCUCUAUGUCAAGCCCAUGCCCCUCAUCUUUCAAGUGACCCCCCUGAGCGCGCAGCAGUGGGCCGUGGUGCUCAGGAUCUCGCUGCCCGUCAUCGUGCUGGACGAAGGCCUCAAGUACCUGUCCCGGAACCACCUGGACGGAAUCCUCCGGACGGCCUCCCAGGCCUGGCGUGCUCGGCCUCGCCCCGACCUUCCACGGAGCCCCCAGCAGACCAGAAGAAAAGGACAAGAAGUGACGGACGGCCCCCCCCCCUCCCGCGGCCCGUGGUCUCUCCGACUGAAGCCUCGGCCUGGCCCGCUCGAAGGUCCCGAGGCCAACUCCGGACUCUUUGGGUGCCCCCCGUUCGUCUGGGGCUUCUCAUUCGGGUCCCUCCCAGCCCCCCCCCCAGACUCUGCCGCCCCGCCCGUCUCCGUCCCUCAGCCUUCUCUUGGGCUUUGGGGCCGCCUCUAUUUAUUCCUCCCUCCCCACCCCGGGGUUCCCUCUACGCCGGAGGAAAGGGAGGCCGCGGGAGGCUCCGGCCCUCCGAGGCCUCAGGGCCCUCCUUCCUUUCCUCUUUGCUCGGCCCCCCCAGCCAGCUCCCCACUCCUGGGGCUCUCGAGGGGUGACCAGCCCAAGUCGGAGGGGGUCCUUCCUAGGCUCCCCGCCGGGGCCCGCCAGGCCUUGGCCAGCUCUCAGGGAAGGGCCCGGCCGUGUCCCUUUUCGGAGAGUUCCAGCCCCCCCCGGCCCCGCCCAGCCGCUUUGGGUGGGGGGCAGCCUCGGCGGGCAGCGGGGGUCCAGCCCCCCCCGGCCCCGCCCAGCCGCUUUGGGUGGGGGGCAGCCUCGGCGGGCAGCGGGGGUCCAGCCCCCCCCGGCCGCCCAGCUCGCCGUUGGCACUCCGGCCUGAGUUCGAGGGUUCUCUCUGCCCCGUGACUGCACGGCUGGGCGUGGGGGGGCCAGGAGGCGGCUGGCUGCCCCCGGGGGCGCCCUGCUGAGGCCCGGAAGGAGGGAGGAAGCUUCGCCCGGCGAGCACAGGAAGGCAGGCCCAGGGGAGGGGGUGCUCCGGGGAGCCCCUCCUCGGGGCUAUGGCCAGGCUUUGGGGAGAAGCUGGGAGUCGCCGGAAGGCCUGGGGGGCCAGGAAGGGGGUGCCGGGCGGCCGGGUCUCCCCCUCCCUUGGCGUGAGGAAGCCUUCCGCCUCCCCCUCUGCAGGCCCCGCCCCGGGGCCUCCCCGGUUUGCCAGGCAGCGUCCUGGCUGCUCCUCUGAGAAGGGGUCGGGGAGCCCCGGGGGCCGCAGAGCAGCAGGGAAGCCGCUGGGCGUCCCCUUGUCCGGUUUCUCUCCCGACACGCUUCUGGAGGCCCCUGUGAGUCCGCCAGUGGCCGAGCGCCGGAAUCCCUGAGCGGACCCAGGAAGAGGCCAGGAAGUCUCAGCGGGACCCCCGAGAAAGAGUCACAGCACGCGUGAGAGCGGGGCGGCACCUGAGAGAGGCAAAGGUCUGGGGUCGGGGAACCGAGGCCGGUGUGGCAGCCGGGCGGCGAUGGGACCUUUGGCUGGGGAGGAGGCUGGAGGCGUCCUUCGGCUCCCUCAGGCCUGACCGGGGUGGCCGGGCUCCAUCCUGGCCACAGAGUUUAGGAGAGACCUUGACAGGGCGGAGAGCGUCCAGGGAAGGCCCGCUGGGAGAAUCUGGUCCGGGGAGGAGGCCGGGAGCAGGAGGAGGCUGGGCUCCGGCACAGGAGAGACCUCGUGGCUACAAAGCCCAAAGGGCAGUGGGCUGCCGCGGGCGGUAGUGAGUUCUCCGUCCUGGGAGGUCUCCAAGGUCGGAGGGUCAGAGGCGAGGUCCGGGGGCUCUGCACGAGCCGACCUCAGAGGCCCUGGCCAGGCGGGGACUCCACGAAGGCGCAGGCACGCGAGGGAGGCGUCCUGCGGUCUCGGGUUUGAAUCCUCGGCUUCACCUCAGUCCUGCAAGGUGGGCCGGAGCCAGGCUUCCGGCCUCGUCCCCCCACCCCCAGCAGUUCGUCACAGCCCAAAGCGAAGGCUCCACCUCCUCCUCGCUGGGGGGGGGGGGGGGCUGGGAGGCUCUAAGCUCAUGAAGGCUCCACCUGGCUGCUGUGGCUGGUGUUCCGGCCCCCCGGGUCCUCAUCCCCCUUCGGCCUCCCCCUGGGCUGCCCUGGAGGCUCUGGGGAGACACUCACCAGGCACCCAUCGGAGGCCCACUUCCCCUUGCUGUUGCUGUUUGGCCCCUCCCCCCAGGCCCAAAGCCUGCCUUGUGGCUGGGGCAACGAUGCCACGAAACCUCCCCAUCCUCCCUCUGAGCCGUGCUCCAAGCGAAGGGCAGUUUGCCUAAAAACCACUUAGAAGCGCUUGGAGAGACGUGUAAAUGGCGCCUGGCAUUGUCAUCCUUGGGGCGCUCGACGGUGGCCCAGCAGAGGCCGCCUGGGAGGGUGGGAAUACGGCCGCGCGCGGAACACUGUCGCGGGGUGACCCACCAAGCAGCCUCCAGGGAGGAGGAAGGGUCCGGCUCCCUCCUGGGAAUGGCAGGUGGGUGUCCAUCUGGAGACCCUCGGAAGUGAGAGUGCACCGGGGUCCAUCGCCAGCCCGGGAUGCACUUGGGAGCACCCAGCAAGCAGCUGGAAGCCGACAGGGGCCGGGUUGAUCGGGGAGGGGGAAGGGGGGAGCCAGAGACAGACAGAUGGAAGGGGGGGCACACGUGGACAGAGACAGGAAAGGGUUGGGGAGAAGAGAAGGCUCAGAGGGGAGGCCGUGCUGGCUGGGGGGACGACGAGCACAAGACCUCGGAGGGGAGAAGCAGGCUUCCUGCCUGCGUCCAUCUUCAGGUGGCACUUUUAGCAGGAUCCCUCGGCAGCUCCAGACGUGUACUGUCAUCGCGUAGUGUAAAAAUGAAAACUAAUCUCAGUAAUAAAACUAUUAUACUUUAGGAGAUGUAUUCAUGAUCGUUAGAAAUCAAGGAAUAAAGAGGAUACAAAAUAAA